UUUCAGUGGAAGCCUAAUCGAAGUCAAUAAUGGCUCCGCCGCUUCCGGAUUGAAAGAAACCCACAACAAUGGAGCUCUACUCCGCCCUGAAUCCUCCGCCGCCGGAGCUCCGUCACCACUCGUUCCCUUCUCUCUCCAACAAUCACCACCUCCUCCUCCUCCAUCACCGUCGCCGUUCGCUCAAGCAUCUCCGCCGGUACCGGCUUCUACAUUUGCGAGCGUCCUCCACCGCCGGCGUACCGGCCGUGCCGGAGCAGGCCGGCGGGAAAUUAGUGGUGGAGCUUGUCGGAGCGUUCAACGAACUCACCGAUAGGAUGAACCUCAACUCCGGUAGCUCGUCUGUGAUUCUCUUCGUCUCUCUCAAACUGUCGAUCCCUAUUCUGCGGAGCUUGCCUCUGCUCCCCGAUGGCCGCUCCCCUCUCUCCAAGGCCUUGUCUGUGGCUCUUAUUCUCGCCGAUCUCCAGAUGGAUGCAGAAGUUAUUUCAGCUGGUAUUCUUAGAGAGGUUAUGGAGGCUGGUGCGAUAUCCAUUCAGGAAGUUAAAAACCAGAUAGGCAUCAGUACUGCUCAUUUACUGCACGAGAGCCUACGAGUGAAGCGGAUUCCUUCGAGAGUCGAUAUUUUUGAUGAUGAUGGUUCUGCUGCUUUAAGAAGAUUCUGCCUCACAUAUUAUGACAUUAGAGCCUUGAUUUUGGACCUGGCUCUAAAGCUUGAUAUGAUGAGGCAUAUCCAGUUACUGCCAAGGUACCAGCAGCAGAUGCUCUCUCUUGAGGUUUUGAAGAUACAUGCGCCAUUAGCAUUUGCCGUUGGAGCGAACUUCUUAUCACUUCAAUUGGAGGAUCUUUCGUUUCGGUACUUGUUUCCUUGCUCCUACUUCUAUGUCGAUUCGUGGUUGCGGAGCCAUGAGUCGGGAAGUAAGUCUUUGAUUGAAACAUACAAGGAUCAGCUAGCACAGUCCUUGAAGAAUGAUCCUGUAUUGGCAGAUAUGGUGGAAGAUAUUUCUGUCAAAGGUCGCUACAAAAGUCGGUCCAGUACAAUGAAGAAGCUCCUAAAAGAUGGCCGAAAACUUGAAGAAGUUAAUGACAUUCUAGGAUUACGCGUCAUAUUGAAGCCUAAGUCUGGGACAGAUACAUCAAAAGUAGGAGAGAGAGCUUGCUACCGGGCACGGGACAUAAUAAGAUCACAGUGGAAGGAAAUACCUCAGAGGACUAAAGACUAUAUCACGAGGCCGAAACCGAAUGGAUAUAAGAGCUUACACAUGGCUGUGGACGUGAGUGACGAGCGUGGGGCUAAGCCGUUGAUGGAAAUACAGAUAAGGACUACGGAGAUGGACAAAUUGGCAGCUGCUGGAACAGCAUCCCAUUCACUAUACAAGGGAGGUCUCACAGAUCCAGAAGAAGCAAAGCGGCUCAAGGCCAAGAUGUUGGCUGCAGCUGAACUUGCUGCUCUACGUCUUAAAGAUUUUCCAUCCUCUAACUAUAAAGGAAUACAUACCGACCAAAGCGGUCGAGUAUUUGGCCUUCUAGACAAGAAUGGAGAUGGUAGAAUAAGCAUUGAGGAGCUUGUGGACGUGAUGGAAGACCUUGGUGUUGGUGCCCCUGGAGAAGAUGCUCGAGAGAUGAUGCGGCUUCUUGAUUCAAAUAGUGAUGGUUCUCUUAGCUCCGACGAAUUCAAUUUCUUUCAAAAACAGGUUGAAUUCAUACGCAGCUUGGAAAACAGAGAUGAUCAGUACAAGACCAUCCUCAACCAUAAGCUCCAAAACGAGGACGGCGACAAUGGUAUGAUUCAAGUCUACAGCGAAGAGCUUGGCAAUCGGCUUGCCAUGUAGACUCAGACCCCUAUUUAUUGGACUGUAGCUCAUUCCUGUGCAUCAGAAAAUGUACUUUUGGAUGGUAAGAACUCGGAUAAGAUUCAAGCACCAUGCGCCUCUCAUGGGCCUGAUGGCGGGCGGCACAGCGGCGAACCAUGCUCGAUGGGGUGGGCUCGGGUGCCACAUGCACUCGGUAUGAGCCUCAUUGGGCGUGGGAUGUUGCGGUGUUCCUCUUCAUCCCACGGUCAUCGGAAUGUGCGAUGCCCAUUGUCGGUGCCACCCACACCCCAACGUGCUUGCAAGAUGGUGAUGCUUGCAGGCUGUCGAGUCUAACUCGAGGUGGGCUUGCUUUGGCAAUGAUUUUACAUAGCUCUUUCGUGGGUUGCCUUUCAAAGAAGAGAGAAAAAAAAAAA